CUCGUGCCGGACGCCAGGCUCUUUCACGUGCUUGCCAGCGCCGUGCAGGGCGUGGCGAAGGCCAUCGCCGACGUCACAGGGGCUGCCAGCGACAGCUCGGCAGCAGACAAACGCGAACUGGCGGUGGCUCUGGUGAAAGCUUGCGCCCACGCGGGCACGGUGUUCGGGAAAGCCAACGCGUGCCGGGACGCAGAUGCCCGCGACAACUACGACCGUCUUCUGGCCGCGGGCAAUAAGGACAUAGAGGUGGGCGUCUUGGCGCAGAUCGCCGGGGGCGGCGCAGGUGGGUCGUCGUGGUUCCACGAGAAGCCCCAGGACGUAGACAUUUUGUCUUGGUUCGAAUCAACCUUGAAGGUAGCCAACGGGGCACAGAUCGAAAGCCAUUGCGAGAAGACGAAGGCUGCCCUCGGGAAGGUCAGGGCCGACGAGAAGUUCCUGCAGCGCGUGGCGCCGGCGGUCUCCAUCGACGCGCUGGCCGCGGGGGGGCCGCUCGGUGACUUGCCCCAGAUCUUGAGGGGCGCGAAGGCCGCCAUCGACCGGGCCGUCACCACGAAGUACGAGUGCCUCAUCGGUUUGGCCCUGCUGCGCCCCAGCUCGACUAAGCUCCGGAGCAGGGUGGAGGGUUUCGCAGCCCAGCUUGUCGAGGAGCUAAAG